CAAAAGUGGAAGUGGACGUCGCUUUCAGCACACUCACACAGACACCACGCAGACAGAGACGGUGAGGAAGUGCAGGCUGUCCAACAAGAUUCUUUUAUACUAUUCUCUAAAGUGGAGUUUCUGAGUCUUGAAGAUCAUGAAGAUCCUCCUCACCUUCUGCCUGAUUAUCACUGGAUCUAAUGCUGUAACUACAGUAACUGGAUACAGAGGAAGAUCAGUUCAGAUUAAAUGUCACUAUGAAUCUGGAUAUGAAGAAAACAACAAGUAUCUCUGCAGAGGUAAAUGUCCCCAUUGGCCUGCAUACAGAGAUGUUCCUAUUAGUUCUGGAUCUCCUGCUGUAGACACCAGAUUCUCUCUGUAUGACAACACAACAGCCAAAAUCUUCACCUUUACCAUCACUGAUCUGAGAGCAGAGGAUGCAAACACUUACUGGUGUGGAAUCGAGCAGCCAGGGAUUGAUAAAUACACAGAGAUUCAACUGGUGAUUAUGGAUAAUCCAGCAAGUACCGUCUCACCGAACACACACUCCGCUUCAACCCUCUCCAUGAGUGUAUCAGUGCACAAAUCUACUCAGAGCACAUUCUCAUCAACAGGUCACAAUAAUGAACCUUCAUCAGCCAAAUCUCUCUUAGAAAAAUCCACCAUCAUCGUCAUUUCCGUGGGUGGGGUUCUAGUGCUGCUUCUCAUUGCGCUUUUAUCUGCAGUGGUGAUUCAGAGGAAAAAGAAGACCAAAGCUCAAUCUCCACAAAGCAAAAACUCCUCAAACAAUUGUGUGGCUCCAACUUCAUACCAAGGACAUCGUUCCAAUUCACUUCAUUUCACUGAUGAAUCCACAACCCCCUCUGAUGUUCCUCAACCUAUUUACUCAAACAUUGGCGUACCCAAAGUUUCCUCCGAUUUUUCAAUACCCGUUUACGCUCAAGUUAAACGCCCAGGACAUCAGGACGUUCACUCUACUGCUCAGUUAACCUCUGAUCCAUCAGUUAAUGCUGCUCAGACCUCAGGUGAAAGUAUAAUGUACACAGCAGUGAGCUUUGACACCAGAUCCAGUGUUGUGGGCAUUUCCAAAAACGAGACCUCGUGUGACUACUCUACUGUUAAACUCAAUGAAUGUGGCUAGUUAGCGUACGUCAUAUUGCUAAUCAUGUUUUAUUUGCGCUAUGUAGCACUCGUUAUAUCAAUUUAUAGUGCUGUUUGGUUCUCAAACCCCAUUGGUCAGAAGGUGCUGAGACGUUUCCUAUAAUAUUUCAUUCAAAUCUGUUCAAAGUAAAGUCUGUAGUCAAAUCUG